AUGUCUUCAGUCCCAGGAAGAAUGCCAGGAGUGCCGCUCUGCGUAGACCUUCUUGAUUCGUCCCUUUCCCUUUCGGGACGCCUCGGCGUUUGCUAUGUCACAUCCGGAAGCGCUGAUUGGCUCACAGCGCCGAGAUCCAAUGGUCUCGACGCGGGGAACGAGGACAAGUUGUCAUCUUUAAACAAGCUCAAUCAGGAAUUGAGCAAUAUCAUCAUCUUCGGUGUGACACUUGGUUAUCGCCCGCGCACCGAGUAA